AUGGCAUCGGAUGACGUCGACGUUGCGUUAUCCUUCCAGCAGCUUUUGGCAUCCGACAUCAAACUCGGAGUCUCCCUCCCGGACAGACAUGCGAAUCACUCGCCAGCAUCGCCACGGAGCUCAAUUCGCUCAACGUCUCCGAGCUGAACUACCGGCACAUGCGAACGGUGGCCUUGUACGACAUUACGGAAAUCCGGAACCCGUAUGUUGUCCGUGCUCGUUCCCUCGCAUUCAUACAGUGGAAUUUUGAGGAACCGAUCAAAUCGAACAUUCUUACGUUGCUCGGAAUGACUGAGAAGUUCAGGUUGGUUAACUGUCUCAGCCGAUACACUUCUGAUCCCCUUUUUUUCAGAAAAUUGGUGCCUUACGUGGAAGAGUUUAUGAAAGAGACGACUAGCAGAGUGAUGAUGUGCGAGACGCUCGAACCUUCCACCAACAAAAGUGUAACCAGUUUUUGCUAUUUUUAAUAAUCUAAUUUAUUCUUGAAUUUGCCUUGUACCCGCUCUUGUACCCUUGUAAUACAACUAUUAAAUAAUGCAACUAAUUAUAAACAUCUAUGACUCACCGUGCCUCUAUUUUUCCGCCUUCGAAGGUCUGAUAACCUGAAAAAUUGUCGCCUUGUCCUGAUUUUCCACUUGUCUGCUAUUCAAAAUGAGCGGUUUCGUCGAUGCGGAGGAGCGCCGAUCGUGAUUUUGUGAAAUCCAUCAUUUUAUCAUUUCCUAGCUGCCCACCAUUUAUCGUGAACUCCACCAUUUCUCGUAAUCCUCUCUAGCCACGGUCUCCAGAGCUGACAAUGGGCGCAAGUGCGCCCCGCCCAAUAGAGCGAUACAUUGGCGCGAAAUUCAAAUUUUAACAGCAAAAUUUGUGUUUUUUGCCAGAUUAUCCACGAAAAACCGAUAAUUUCUGAUUUGUCUCUCGAUAGACCGAUUGUAUAGGCUAUUACGAAUUUCUUAAGCGCAAGAGAGUUAAAUUUGGUCAAAUCACAUUUAUCCGUUCGAAGGUUUUUCGCUAAAACUGCGUGAAUUUCAGUUGCUUUUCGGUAAUUUUCGCGGUUCGAGCGCUCAAAAUGCUUGUAUUUACGUGAUUUAUCAUUCUCAAAACCAAUUCUGUCUGAAAACGGUCAAGAAAGCGCAAAAUGAGAAGUGCGGUUUUUAGGCGGCAAUCGGCGGCGAAGGCGAAAAAGCAAAGUCAGCGAAAAAUGCGCCAAAACGUCAUUAAUUCUGAGAAUUACUGUGUUUUCAUGUCUAACAAUCAUUUUUCAUCGCCGUUGACCACAAAAAUCAGAGAAAACCUGCUCAAUUCAUGAAAACGCCAUUUGGCCGAGGAGGCCACGCCCAUAUUGUCAGCUCUGGAGACCGUGGUACCUAGAAAUGUCUGAAAAUGAAAGAGCAACAUAAAAUUUGGUCACAUUUGACUGAUGCUAUGAAAAAAAAGAUCCCCGCUCUCGCAAAAGAGCACUGCCGUUGCAAUUCGAUUCUUGAUCAGUCUCUGGAGCAUCCUUCGCGCCGCCACAAAGUACCGAUUGUUCUGCGUGUCGGGUGAUCAUCAAAGAUUACAUUGCGCAAUCUUCGGCCAACCAACCUGUGUAUACUUUUGCGAUUCGCCCGCCAUCCAGUCCGAUGGCCACGUGUGAAUGUGAAUCAGUCGGCCCAUUGUUUACCAAAUGUUUCUGUGGAGGUGGUGGUGGUGGCGGCGGCACAAAGCAGAAGACUCCAUCCAUCAGUCAAUCUGAGAAAAACCUUCGCCGUCGACGCGAACCGGAAUUGUUACUCGAGUGUUUGUGUUCUUUGACGGCUCUCUUUUACCCGAUGACAGCGCGAUGACUGGCCGCGCCGCCGCCGCCGCAAACCACACACACACACACACAAACGCGAGUGAUACAAAAAGUUGUCAACGCGACGACGGCUGCGUGGUCAUUCGGAUCCAGCCCCGCCGCACGUAUAUAAAGGAGAAACGGACGGCUCGGCGCUCGGCACACUCCUCGACUUGAUGAUAAUGCGUUAUCACUUGGCCUCGAUCGGUCUCCUCGUAUGGUAGGUCCUCGGAAGCGGAAGGUGCCAGAGCCACACAUUUUCGCGCAUUUUUCAGUUUGGCUCCGCUGCUCGACGCGCAGGCUCUGGAACAACUCAAUCCGGGCAGAUAUUAUGCGAAAGCGGCUCCAGUGCUCACUCCCGACCUGCUCAGACCGUGUCUGACUCCUCCGUGUCCGGUGAUUCCAGUUGCUGCUCCAGUGGCUCCGGUGGCUCCAGUGCAACCAGAAGCUCUUCCGACUCCACCGCCAGAGAUUGAGCAGCAGCCGCAAAAUUAUCAGGAGCAACCCGUGUAUCCGGGCGGACAGACUCCUCAAGGCUACCCGGCACAGAGUCCUUAUCCACAGCAGGCCCCGCAAACUCCACAGGCUCCACAGGCUCCCCAGGCUCCUCAAGGUUAUCCCCAGCUUGCUCAACCCCAAUAUCCACCUCAAUAUCCUCCAUCUCAAGGAUAUCCUCAACAGCAAGCUCCCCAAAAUCCAACCCAGUACGGUCCGCCUCAGCAGACUCAGCCUCUGCCACAAGAUUCGUCCCAAUAUGGACAGCCUCAGCAGUACCCUUCUCAGCAGUAUCCACCUCAGCAGGCGCAGCAGUACCCACCUCAGCUUCAGCAACAACAACAACCGUACCCGUACCCAGCGCAACAAGGAUACCCACAGCAAGCACCUCAAGACCCGUCCCAGCAGCAGCAAGCUCCUCCAUCGCAGUACCCGAGUCCUUAUGCUCAACAACAACAACAACAACAACAACCGGCCGGACCUGCACCUCAGCAGCAACAGUAUCCGUCUCAACCAGCUCAGCAGUACCCUCAACACGCACAAGCACCGAGCCCGUACGCUCAGACUGCACCGGCGCCAGUUCAGCAACAGCAGCCGCUGCCACAGGGACCUCCACAACCUCAGCAACAACCACCACCGGCCUACAACCAGCCAGAGGCCCUGCGCCAGGAGAUUGAGCAGAUCCAGGAAGGACCGAUGGCGAUCCGCGCGAACCGUCCGCAAUUCGGAGACGAGGCUCUCGCGGUCUUCUCAAAGGCCGUCUACACGUCGUCCGGAGUGCCAGCUCCGCGAGCCGGAGAAUAUCUGCAGCCGGCGCGUGCUCCGAACGCCGAUCCUGCAGCCGCCGCCAAAGAUCCGUUCACCUACGCAAAUUACUUCAUUGGAAGUAACAAGAGCAAGGAGUGA